UAAGCGAGUGCAUCGUGGACAGAACGACCAGCACGACUUUGUUUAUUUAUUAUUAUUAAUUAAGGACCAUGCCCAUUGUAGUGAUUACGGGUCUGCCGGCCAGCGGAAAGAGCACACGUGCCCGCCAGCUGCGCGAUCACUUCGUGGAACGCGGCAGGAAGGUGCAUCUAAUCAGCGAAAAUGAGGCAGUGACCAAGGCGGGCUUUGGCAAGAAUUCCCAUGCAGGUGAUUCGCAGAAGGAGAAGGUGGUGCGCAGCGAUCUGAAGUCGGAAGCCUCGCGGCACCUGAACCAGGAGGAUCUGGUCAUCCUGGACGCCGGGAACUACAUCAAGGGCUACCGCUACGAAUUGUACUGCAUGUCCAAGGUGUCGAGGACCACCCAGUGCACUCUAUUUUGCUGCAUACCCCAGGAGCAGGCGUGGACCUUCAAUGGCCUACGAACGGCGGCGGAUGAGCUGCCCGGCGACAGAGAAACGGAGCAGCCGGUGGACAACUCGAAUGUUCCCUAUACCCGAGAGUCUUUCGAUGCUCUGUGCCAGCGCUAUGAGGAGCCGCAGAGCAACAACCGUUGGGACAGUCCGCUGGUGGUAGUCUUACCCGAGGACACGCUCGACAUGGAGGCCAUCUACAAGGCUUUGUACGAGUCCCAGCCAUUGCCACCCAACCAGAGUACUUAUAAUGCACCGCUAGGAGCGACCAACUACCUUUUCGAACUGGACAAAAUCGUGAAGGAGAUCAUCAAAGAGAUCCUCGGCGCAGUCAAGAUCAAGGCCUUCGGCCAGCUGCGCAUCCCGGGAAGCAGAAAUCCCGUGAAGGUCGCCACUUCGAUGAACGCCCUCCAGCUGAACCGCCUGCGCCAGAAGUUCAUCACGAGCACGUGUCACGCCAGCCAGACGUCUCCCACUCCGCUGGAGCAGGUGCCGCACCUGUUCGUGCAGUUCAUCAAUGCCAACACGAUCGGCUGCUAGCACUGUGAUUGCGGCAAGACAAAUGCUGAAGUGAAGUUCUUACUUCGGGCAAUGUUAUGUGGAAAACUAAUAAACUAUGUAGCUUAAAUACUAAUAUAAA